CAAUGAACCACGGAUAAUCCAUAUCGAUUCCAUCAAUGUCUGUACUUCUGCCUGAAAUCUUUUUAAGACUCUGAAGAUUUACCCGCAAAUAAAAACAAGCACGUAAAAAGUAACUGGAUAGAAAUGCAUGUUUCCUUAUGGGGUUGAUGGUAAUUUUUAGAAAAAUCUUAUCUUACACUAUUGCAUCUAUCGUGCCGCUGCUUCAUUCCGGCGUGAGCGCCAUGGGAAGUGACCUACCGAUACCGCUUGAUAAAAAAUUCGCAGUUUGUUUUAUUAUCUAUUUACAUGAAGCUCAAAGGUACAGAAAUACGUUCACCCAUGGUCAAUAUCUGGCAUUAUGGCAGCGACAGUCAUGGCGGAUGAUUAAUCGCACUGCGUGCAUCGACUGAUUUUCGAGCGCUAUUCUAUCUAUUAUUGAAAAAAAUAAUCUGAUAUCCCGUCCUGCAUUCAGACAGAGCUCCUUCAAACCCAUUGACAGAUAAAGAAACAUUGACAGAACCCAUCAAAAUUACGGACUUCUUUUAAGAUGCACUGGGCAGCAUAAAAAUUUGCUACGAUUCUAAAUCAUUGGGGUUUCCUAUCACUUUUACGGUACCAAUUCGAUGCUUUAUCUACAGCGCCGCCUCUUUCAUUGAAUCUG